GCUACAUAUCACCCUACAGGCGGAAUAUCUUCCAUACUUGUUACUCUUCCUAAUAAGUGCCUCUGUCAUUGGCUAUAUAGGAUGAAUGCACGCCCACCUGUAUUUAAUCUUCACUUGGACUGAGCAGGCUUAUUCUAGAGCGAUGUAUAGCUCAUCUCUUCAUAAUACACCGGUAGAUUUGUGACUGCCUUCGUAGAGCCUUAGUAUUGAACCUCCAGCCAGUAUAUAUGUCCUCGGUCCAACAGCUAAUAGAGUGUACUUCAUGAACCCGUAUACAAGAUCAUAGUGUACAUACUGGGUAGGACGGAAGUUCCGUGUCUUACUCCGCACAUCAUCGGCUAUUCCGACCAUCAAACCAGAACAUCUUGAUAUAUAGCAAUGCCUAUGUCUGAUUAUAUUAUUAUGCCACCGUUUCCCUAGACACGGCUUCCAUCACCAUGCACAUCCUGGGCCUUGCAAACGGCACCCCGGCUGGAAACUCUGAGAUACUCCUUAAGGCAGCCCUGUCUGCCGCAACCCAAGCCAGAGAGUCCAUCUCGGCAUCAUGGAUCCAUCUGCCCUCUCUAUCCAUUCCUCUUGACGGCGGGCCCCUUCCCGGCGCUCAGGACAUAUCUCUCGGCGCCAAUGCCUCGCUCAAAUCAUCCACAACCACCAAAGACCCCGCAGCGGAUGAUCGUCGAGCACUCCUCGACGCAAUCCUCGAUGCUGACGCCCUGAUCUUCUCCACCCCGGUCUACAGCCACACCCCGCGCGGAUCAUUGAAAGCCAUAUUCGACACCAUUGUAGGUCCAUCCACAGAUGCUGUAUUCGCCGCCCGCUGUCUUGAACGACAGAAAGCCGGCGAUCCGCGAUUCGAAGACGUGCAAAUUGACGGGAGACUAUUCAAGCCGCGCGUGGUAGGCUUUAUAUGCUCAGCAGGCUCAACGACGCCAGACCAAGUCAGCCUAGCGCUGCCAACGCUGCAUUUGUGUGUGUAUAGCUUCCAUGCCAAGGUUGUUGAUCAGAUGGUUGUGUAUGGAGUAGGAGCGCCAGGAUUUGUUGUUGCGAAGGUUGGGGGUGCUGAGCUAUGUAGGGCGGAAGAGCUGGGGCGUAACAUCGCGAGCGAGAUUGGGAAAGGGUUCGACGAGGCGAGAUAUCUGGGGCCGAAAAGUCGAGGGGCAUGUCUGUAUUGCCAUUUGAGUACGAUUGAGGUGCUGGAUACAGGGGAGAAUGAGAUUAUGUGCGCGACAUGUGGAGCGCAGGGGAAGUUGGCCGUUGGAAUAGAUGGAGUGAUUGGACCGAUGUGGAAGGAGGAUGACCAGAGACGAGGUGCGAAGAUGGGUUGA